AUGGCGCCCGACCAAAACAACAAACAAGAAAAGAAACGAAAAAGAGCAUCUCGAUUGUCUCGACCAUCUUAUAGCUCCCACUCAGCACCACCAUCGUCAGCGUCCUCAAGCUACAUCCCGACGCAAACCCACAAGGUAGUUGAGCUUACUCUUACCAAUGAAUCGAUUAAAAAGGAAGUUCCAAAAAGUUCGGUCGAUGAGGCAAAGGUACUACUGUUUCUAUCAAGGCUACAACGUCGCGGGUCCAUCGCCACAAACGAGGAUGUAUCACACAUCACGCUCAUUGUCAGUUGUUCAGAAAAUGCCUUACUAGAUAUACCAACAAUGAAGAGCAUUCUCACCGAAAAGUUUGAAAUAGAUGACUUCAUUACCACAGAGGGCCCAUCAGGAUGCAUUGACGUUUUGAUCACUGUGUAUGGAAAAAUGGUUAACAUCUCCAAGGCCGCUGUUUUUCUAGUAUUUCUACUCAGUGCAAAGAUCAACAACUUACAAAUGGACGUCUUUACAUUGAAAUCAUCUACGUAUAAGGCGCACCUACUAUUGACAAAUUCAGAGUGUUUGCAAGGUAUAAAGUACAUUGACGCCGCUAAACUGUUCACAUACGACUUUAACAAUGGCGUUUAUGAUGUCUUCAUUCAAGGAGAUUUGUCAUCAAUGUUUAACUUUUUCCUCGAAUGUCUUGAAAGAAGGUGGAAUGUAGAUACUAGCCUCAUAAAACUAGAGCCAAUGUUUGGUAUACAUUUAGAUCCAGCUUUGAAGCUGCACCCGAAGGUCAACUUGGACAUCAGGGCCAGAGCGAAAAAUAAUUUGUUACAAUACUUGACUCCAACGCUGUGA